UCAGUGUCUGUGUAAUUUUUUUAAAAUUAUCGGCUACUUGUGUUUUGAUCGGAAACAAAAGUAUUAAAUUUUAUAAAAAAAUUAAUCUUGAUUGAACUAUAAAAAUUUGAAUUUAUUAUAUAUGAAUAAUUAGUUUUAAUUGUUAAUUUCAUAACGUAAUUAUAUUAUUCAGUCAAUACAUUUAACUUGUUAAUAAUAGUAACAAUAAGUUCGAAUUAUUAUAAUUAAAAACAAUAUGUCAAUUGAAAAUAAUGGAAAAUCUAAUAGUCUUGAUAACUCAGAAAAUGAUUCACAAUCUUCGGAUUGGUAUAAUGAACGAGCAGAGAGAAAUCGUCAACGUGCAUUAUUGUUAAAAAAGUCAAAACUUAUUGCUUAUUCUCAUGUAGAAGACAAAGAUGAAAACGAUAAAGCAUCACAAGGUAGAUCCAUUAAAGUGCAAGGGCAAAAAGUUAUUGAUACUGGAGGUGGUUUUUUAAUUGAAGAUGAUGAUGCUUUGGAACAGGAGAUGUUAAAAAUAGUUGAUACACCUGCACCAAUAGUAGUAAAUUUACCACAAUGUGAGGAAUGUAAAAAAGAAUUCAAAGAUUCAUAUCUUUUGCAAAAAUUUGAUUAUGCUAUUUGUGAUGCAUGCAGAGAUCCAGAUGAAAAACAUUCACUUAUAACUAGAACAGAAGCAAAAGAAGAAUAUUUAUUAAAAGACUGCGAUCUUGAUAGAAGAGAACCAAAUUUAAAAUAUAUUAUUAAAAAAAAUCCACACAAUCCACGUUGGGGUGAAAUGAAACUGUAUUUACAUCUGCAAAUUGAAAAACGAGCUUUAGAAGUAUGGGGUAGCGAAGAAGCUUUGUUAACAGAACGUGAAAAACGUGAUAUGAAACGUCAAGAUACGAAAGUUAAAAAAUAUAAUAAAAAACUCAAGCAGUUAAGGAUGGAAGUAAGAAGUUCUAUUUAUGAUAAAACUAAAAAAGCAUCUCACAUUCAUAAAUUUGGUGGAGAUACGUAUAAUGAAGAAGACGAUACAUAUUCUCGAGUUUGUGUUGAGUGUAAUUAUGAAGAAACUUUUGAGAAAAUGUAGAAGAAUAAUUUUUGUUUUCUCCUUUUUACAUAAUUUAAUGUCAACAAUUAUUAUCGAAAAAAAUUUUAAAACCAAUUUAUUGAUCAAAAUAUUCAUAAAUAAUCCGUGUAUAGUAAUUAUAUAACAUAUAGUUUUAAUAACAACUUACAUAAAAGUUCAUUUAAUACUAAAAUUAUGUGAAAAAAAAAAUAGUAAUAAUUUUUAUACAGUAUUAAAACGUAAAAUUUAAAUGAUUAAUUUUUACGUCUAUCUAUAUUAUUCUAUACAUUUUCUGUAAUACCGAGCAAAACAAAAUUAUAUAAUUUACGAUAUUGCUUGUUAAAUUUAAAAAAUUAGUGUACAAAUAAUCACUCAUGCUUUUACAUUAAACGAAUAAUGUUUCAUUUUAUAAUAAGUUAUAAAUAAUUUGUGAUCAAUAAAUGCAAACAGAAGUAUAUGAUGUAUUUCUUAAAUUACUAAAAUAACAUUUGUCUAAGUUUCACGAUUUUAUCAAUGGAUUUUUUUUUUUUUUCACGUAUAUACUAUUUUAAAUUACAUUUACGUAUAUCAAAUGAAUUUUAUUUUAGAUUUAAGCAUUAAGAUUUGUAAUUAAUUUUAUAUCGCUUGAUUUAAUCAAAAAAGCAUAAUUAUUGAUCAUCGCGGCAGUCAUAAAUUCUCAUAAAUUUAUAAUUUAACUCACAGUAAAAAUGAAGAACAAAAAAAAAAAAAAAA